ACUUUGUGCAAGCCGAACUCAUCCUGAACACCCUCAGGCGGCGCCUCUUCACGCUUUGACGAUUAGCCACGCUUGCACUAGUUGCACAAGAUGUGGACAUAGCCAUGUCGAUCUUGUCAGCGAAAGCGAUGCCGUGUUACAUCGGGUUGCUCUUCUCACUCCACCCAUAUGUAAUCAUUAGCUGUGUGUCUCCGCAACGUGGUGCAAACACGGCUGACGGCGACGUGCGUGUCGGCCAAGGUCAGCUGGGGUGGCUCGUCGACAUUCUUGCGCGUCGCCUGUCGCCAGGUUCUACAACAGCCUCCAACUCCGUUCGCGUUGUCGCUUCCAUGAUGCCCGUUAAACAAGAAAGCUUUGUCACGCCCAAUAUCGCGAGGGCGUCAUGGUUGCUGCCCUCGCGUACGGUUAUUUGGUUGACAGGCGAUCGGUUUGGCCAACCAUAUGUUGCACACCGUUGUCCACUCGCGGGAAGCAGGGAUACAUGCCUGGGCAUCAACGGUCGACGAUCACAAGGGACAAGGUGCGCGACGCUACCGUACAUGGAUCCGACUCGUCCCGCAAGUCUCUCGCCCACCAUCAGCACUGCACACUGGAUGAUGCUGCACACCACCGCUGCCACUACCGCAUGUUCCCGGUUCGUGAUCUUACGCCUGGAAAUAACGUCACAUAAAGCUUCCACGAUAUGCGAAGUGCGGUCGCAUGCCCCCAUAGCUCAUCUAUCGAAGGUUCUCUGCUUGUUGACUGACCGGGGAGCGAUCGGCAGGUGAGCCCCAUCACAUCGAGCAUUUUUACAUUGUCAAGUUUUCUCCGCUCGCGGCAGCUGUCGUGUGAAAGAGGCUAGGCAGCUGUAAUGGGCCUAGACCUGCAUUUGCUUAUUGCAACU